AUGAAAAAAAAGAAAUUAUCACACUCCUCGCCGACGGGAUUCAUCACCGCCUUCUCCACCUGGUCUCUGGAGCCCACCCCGAUCUCCCUCCGCUCUUCUCUCUCCUUCUCCGGCCACCUCGCCGAGCUCGAGCGGAUCCUUGUUCAGGCCAUUCGCGAGGGCCAGGAGCCCAGAACUCUCCAGGAAAUCUCCAUUGCUGCCAAUGUCCCGCAGAAGGAGAUUGGGAAAUACAUCAAGAUACUAGGAGAAGCUCUGCAGCUUAGCCAGCCCCUUAAUAGCGAUUCCAUCUCUGUUCAUAUGCCCAGAUUCUGCAACCUUCUCCAACUCAACAAAUAUGCUCAGGUAAUUGGUUUCGCAACUUCGAUUCCACUCAGAGAAUGUGGGUUGAUGUUUGGUUGGUUACCCUUUUACAUUGGUUGGCGACGGCUUCUGAUCGUGCAUCAGCGACAUUACGUGCAUCUGCAGCGCGCUGUAGUUGUUGUUGACUUGAUUCAGCAUGUCUCUCAGCCGGAGAUUCUCCACUUUCACCCGCUCCAGCUCCGCCUGUAG